GGGGGCGUGAGUCUGAGGGCGGCGGGCUCCGGCGUCGCAGGCGCGGGCCCCGCAGGCUCCGUCGCUGACCGGCCGGGCGCGGCGCGCGGAGCGUCGAGGUCGCCGCCGCCGGGGGAUGGCGCGUGCGGGGGUCUGGAUGCUGGUGGUCGGCGUCCUGCUGGCGUUGGCGCCGGGCCGGGCCGCAGGCGCCCUGAGAGCGAGCAGACGCCCGGCGCGGCCGCGGGGCUGCGCCGACCGGCCGGAGGAGCUCCUGGAGCAGCUGUACGGCCGGCUGGUGGCGGGCGUGCUGGGCGCCUUCCACCACACGCUGCAGCUGGGGCCGCGCGAGCAGGCGCGUAACGCGAGCUGCCCGGCAGGGGGCAGGCCCGGCGACCGGCGCUUCCGGCCGCCCACCAACCUGCGCAGUGUGUCGCCGUGGGCCUACAGAAUUUCCUACGACCCCGCCAGGUACCCGAAGUACCUGCCCGAGGCCUAUUGCCUGUGCAGGGGCUGCCUGACCGGGCUCUUCGGGGAGGAGGACCUGCGCUUCCGGAGCGCCCCGGUGUACAUGCCCACCGUCAUCCUGCGGCGGACCUCGGCCUGCGCGGGCGGCCGCUCGGUGUACGCGGAGGAGUACGUCACCGUGCCGGUGGGCUGCACCUGCGUCCCCGAGCAGGAGAAGGAAGCAGACAGCAGCAACUCCAGCGUGGACAAGCAGGGCCCCAAGCUCCUGCUCGGCCCCAGCGACAAGCCGGGCCGGCCCUGAGGCCCUGCCGCUGUCCGAGGCCCCUCUCCCUGGAGCGCGCGGGCUGGUUCCACCUCCCAGGAGCGAAAACGAAGACGGAAAGGGGUAAAGGCCGCAACCGAACGGGAGAGGUUUCUGACCCGGCGGCUUGGCAGCUCACGCGCACACAGCAUCAUCCCCUGGUUUUCCUGGAGGCAGCAGCACAGAGUCGGUGAAGGCUGCCGGGAGGUUACCCCGUACAUUGCAGCAGGCAGGGCGCGGACGGCCAGGGCCCGCGGAAGGUGGCUGGAGCCUGGCAAGCGCAGAAGUGUCUUCGUGGCCCUCCCUCCGCGGCCCUCCGGGCUCAGACCCUUCCCCCACCGCCCAGCUACAGUGCGGCGCCCUUAGGACGCUCUGGGAAGCGGGGCGAGCCUUCACAAGAUAGAUGGUAAAUGGGUGCUUCUAAAAGGGGGCUUUUUUUUUUUUAAGUGGAAUAUAUUCCUACUUUUUUGUUCAAUGUUUUCAAUGAGGCAGAAACUAUUUUUAUAUUAGGAAUUUUGAGUAUAUUAAAAAUUUUUUACUUGACAUGUAUUUUAUAACCAUUCUGUUGUCACUUCCUCUGGUAAGAUUUUUUAGAAGCACAGCUGGAAUCCUCAGAUAAACUUUUUAGCUGGCACUGGGGCCCGAGUCCCUGAAUUCAGCCUGUCCCCAGUUGCUGGCCAUAACAAAACGGACAGGGUUGAAUGUGACCUCCGUGAAGAUUUUCACAGGCUGCUCCAUGAAUAAAAGAGAAGCGCAGGAGGCUCAGCUCACCCCAGGCUGGCCAGGCAUUCCAGAAACCUCAAACGUGGUUUGUUCGUGACUGUAUAAAUGGCCACAGAUGUAUACAAUUAAAUACUUCUUCACUUUUGAAAGUAAGUGGAGCCCAAUAAGAGGUCACGGUGGGACAGGGCAAGAGGUGGAAUGUGCUAUCUUUGUCAAUUCUCAGAAGAGUCCAAGUCUUAGCUUAGUUGCAAGGGCUUCAGGAACUAGCCAAAUAGGAGAAGCAGGCCAGCUUAUGAUUUCCAGAAAUCAGUAUUGGGGGCCUCUUUUUCUACAUCCUUCAGUGUGAGCUAAAACCAUACUCUCUUCUGUAGGCUGGAAGUUUGUCCUUGAACACAAUUAUUUGUAAAAGUGACAAGUUCUUUUUAAAUCAUUAAAGCAAUUGUAGGUGAAGGGCAUGUUGGCUGUGUGCAUUUCUCUCUGGGCUCCACUCAUUUUUAGAGGAAACUAUUUUAGUCUUCACUUUAUCGUAAUUUUAUGGUUGAAGUUUAAAUUAAGAUCUGAUUUGGUCUUUGAAAGAUCAACUACUCCUGCAAAGUCAGUCUCUCUUCUGUGACACCCCAACCAAGCCAAGAAGUGUCCCUUAUUUAUAUGUAUCUUUUUUUAAGAUUUUUUUUUUUUUUUUAAUUUGUCAGAGGAGCACAAGCAGGGGGAGUGGCAGGCAGAGGGAGAAGCAGGCUCCCUGCAGAGCAAGGAGCCCGGCUCAAGACUCGAUCCCAGGACCCUGGGAUCAUGACCCCAGCCGAAGGCAGACGCUUAACCCACUGAGCCACCCAGGCGUCCCUAUUUAUAUGUAUUUCACUCUCAAACUUCAGCUGUCAGUAACAGAGCUUUAGCUCCUUAGUUACCAAGUAUUAGCCUUAGUUUGAUCUACAUGGAAGGUUCACUGAGAGAACUUUCAACUUGUAUUGACAGAGGUUGUAUGUGAAAAAUACAUUGCUGAGCAAAAUCCAGAUUUUCCAAAAAUUCAGAAAUUCAAAAUUGAAAGUGUUAGCUGUGGAUAGUUCUGUACAAUCUGGGGAAUUUUACUUCUGCAUUCAAUCUCUGGGGGAGUGGUGUGUGUGGAAAAAAAGGUAUCCCCAGUGGUAGUAUAUCUGGAAUACAUUCUUGUCCGGAGCAAUCUUUCAUUGCCAGCUCAAAAAUAAUAUCAAAUCCAUAAAUUAAAAAGAAAAACUGCUUUUAAAGCAGUGGCUUGGGUAAUCGUUACAUUCACUGCCACUAUUGGGUUACAUUUUCCAGCUACUCAAAUAUUAAUAGUGCAAACAUCAGAGGAGACUAGACUUAAGGAGAGUAGACAUUUGGGGAAACUAUCACGGUUUUAUUUUUAUUAUUAGUUUAACUAAUUAGCUUGUGAAAAGGUAGCAAAUUCCCUGUGGAAGAAAUUUAGCUUUCCAUUCUAUAGAACCGGAAAGGCAACCUUUCUUUGUGUUUUCUCUCUGAAUGGAAUAUUCAUCCACUUAAUAUUUAUUGAGCACUUGCCCUGUUCCAGGCCCCUGAGAGCCACCUGUGAAGCAGGCACAGUCUCCGUCCUCGGCCGAAAGCAGACCCUGCACGGGCUGUCAGAGCACAGUUAGGCGUUGGCGGGCCGCUCCUCACAGGACGUGCGGCCCCGUGAAUCUGAGCCACAUUUUCCUCCCUUAUAAAUGGAUGGUGCCGCCUCCUUCAGUCCCUGUGAGGACCACACACCGUCUGUAAAGCACAGCGCCUGGCACAUAGGAGGUAUGAGAACAUACUGGCCGCAGUGAUUUAUAAGCUACACUGAAAAUAAAUAUCAAGCUAUUCUUUCUUCAUGUUAUGUUUACUGCUUUAGCAAGGAUAGGUCAUUACAAUGACUUUUUGUAUAAAAGUUUAAAAAAUCGGGGCGCCUGGGUGGCUCAGGGGGUUAAGCGGCUGCCUUCGGCUCAGGUCAUGAUCCCAGGGUCCUGGGAUCGAGCCCCACAUCCGGCUCCCUGCUCAGCCGGGAGCCUGCUUCUCCCUCUUCCUCUGCCUCUCCCCCUGCUUGUGAACUCUCUCUUUCUCUGUCAAAUAAAUAAAUAAAUAAUCUUUAAAAAAAAUAAAUAAAAUAAAAAAUAAAAUAUCUAUCCCUAGGCAGCAGCAACCAGAUAGAAUAUGUUGGAGUGAAUGUUAACUAAUGGCAAUUAAAAUUAAAACUUGAAAAAAAAUAUGUUGGAGGGAGAGGGGGGUGAUAGUCUGGGGAGAUACUGUUUCAGGGAAUAAGGAGAGUUUAUUGGGCAGAAUUUUGUUCCCUUGCUAUACGAACGCGGUGUUGUGGAGCAGAGAGAGCUUGUUACUGUGUUUCAGCAAAGGCCUGGGGAAGCUGCCGGCCACAGCAGUCCUGACAGCCGGGGUGGAGGAGCGGCCCCUCCCGCGCGGGCCUAGGCACCCCGCUCACCGGUGCCCACAGUGAACGCAGCGGCGCCGCGCGGGCCGGCCACUUCAGUCCCGGGCUUCACGGAGCAGCACACUUUGCUAGUGGGAGGUCCACGGCUUCGCCCCUCCUCUCCAGGGAGCGCCACGGGCCGACGUUUCCUUCAAGUCAUUCUACCUGGAGGGCUUCCAGGCAGCCCUCGGGACGGACGCACCUCGCUGGUUACUGAAGACUUUUUCCAGCCGACUGACAGUAUAUCUACUGUAUGCUUGCUUGAUAAAAACAGAAUCAUUUGGGAAUAUCAACCAAAACCCAUCACAGAUGCCAACAGUUCCACAUUCAGGGUCCAGUUACCCAAACUGCUCGGGUUGCCGCAGGUCUUUUAGCAAGGCAAAGGGAGAAAAGGGUCAUUGCUGAACCCGCUCUGAUUUGAGAGAGGAAUGGAAGGGAAGAGCGUGACGUUCCCAUGGGAAAUGGGGUUUCCAAGUGCCUCUGGCAUUUCAUUUGUUCCAGCUGCCGGGGUUCCCCAUCACCCCCAAACAACCCCGCGAGGUCGCUGUAUGGAUUUCUGAAUUGUCAGCAACACGGAACUUACUAUCCUCUUUCCACUCACGCUAUGGUUAUUUUGUCUCAGUGCGAAUCUCUUAAAUUAGCAA